AAAAUCAAAGACAUGGUACAUUCGCCUUUCUCAUCAGAUAUCUACAGUCCCUAUCCUGUGGUACAUCAUCAUCUUGAUAGCAUGUUAAAGUCUCCUUGCAACGGUAGCGAGAAUAACUUGUCCAAAAAGAGAAAGCAAGAAUAUCAAUACCCAAUAACACCUGUAAAUGAUUUUUAUUUGCCUUCUCAACAACAGCAAAAGUCUCAAUUGUUAUAUUCACAGCAACAGCAACCACAAUAUAACCUAGCUUACCAACAUCAAUUCGCUUCUGCUGCAAUGUUUAACCCCACUUCUUGGAAUGACUACGUUCAUUCGAAUCCCUCCACUCCAUCAAAUUCGCCCCCACCUCAACCGCCACCGCGCUCCGACGCUGUGAACAUAAACGACUACAUCGUCGCCGAUGCAAAUUUAUCACUAUCCACGCCUGACAAUGUUUAUGAAUUAGAACAAUUGUAUAAUCCUUAUGGUACCAUCGCGACUUUACCAUUGAACACAACCUCAAAUUUUGAAAAUCCCGCGAAUUAUGAUUACGCUGAUGUUGCUGAUGCAUCGAUUGCUGCUGCUUCCUCAGGAAAUUCUCCAAUCCCCAGUUCUGAAGGUGUAUUGCGUGAUCAUCCACAAAUCGACGGUAGCAUCGAUUCGACCGACGAUCAAGUCGACUCGCAAAAGAAUUCUUCGUAUGAUUCUCUGGCUGGACUGGCCGCUGCCGCCGCUAUGGUCUCGUGCGGCAGAGACACUCAAGCUUCAACUGCUUCCAACUCGAUGAGCGAUGAAGCAGGCUCAACCUUUUUGGACGGUGUCACCACUACUAACACAAACAUGACGGAUGGUUACACUUUUAUCAACCCCGCUAUUUCAACUGACCAACUGUUGGAACGUGCCGCCACGAUCUCCAGAACCCCAAGCUUUGAUAGCAUAUCUACUACCCCUCAGCAUGGUUCGGUUUUCAAUUCCGAAAAGAUUAUUGAGAAUCCUCAGACAAUUAUCCCGGCUGCCAUUACCAUCACGCAACCUUAUACUCCCCAACAGACUUUUGCCCCGAUGCUAACUCAAACUCCAAGCACCAUUGACCUAGCGGAAUCAGAUUAUUUCAAUAGUAAACAACUUUCUCAGAAACAACAACAAAGGCGACGCAGAAGUAGCUCAACGUCAAAUCCACCAAAUAUUAAAGUUGAACCGCGCACACCUGCUCUCUCUCCUCCUGAAUCUCCUAAUGACUCCGCUUCUUCCACGAGCUCUUCUCCACCAUCCCCAUCUCCUCCGCACACCCCGACGUACAUGCGUAGGAUGUCGAUUUCUCCUACGAUCAUGGAAGAGGAGGAAGAAAUGUUAUCAUCCGCAAACAAUCCCACUAAUCUACCGCUCGUCGCCUCCGGAUUCGUUUCCGACAUGUCCACCGUCAACCCGAGGCUCACUCAGGCUGUCACGCCCAACCUCAUGAGAACAGUGAUUCAUCAAUAUCUGAGUUCCGCCAAUCCCUCUACGAUGGGUGAAAAGACCGUCAUGGUUUUGACCUCAAAGGUUGCCCAAAAGUCUUAUGGAACGGAAAAGAGAUUCUUGUGUCCUCCGCCGACAACUUUGAUUCUGGGAUCGAGUUGGUGGUCCCCUUCGCCACAUAAUUUGAAUCACUCGACCUCUUCCACCACUUACAGCCCGCCUAAAAUCUCCGUUGGCAUCUCUGGCGAACAAGGUCAUCAACAGGGAAUCCUCGAGUGGAUCAGUCCGUCCGGUAAUCCGCUCGAUCCUAAUUCAUGCUCCGAGAUGGCAUUUAGUGGAAAGUGUGUGUCCAAGCAUUUGUACAUCAACGAUGCUGAUGAGAAACGUAAGAGGGUCGAGGUUUUGGUGAACAUUCAGAGUCCUUUGGGUCACGAUUUUGGUACAUUUGCGAGCAAACCGAUUAAGGUCAUCAGCAAACCUAGCAAAAAGCGACAGAGUGUCAAGAACAUGGAAUUGUGCAUUCAUCACGGAACCACUAUUUCGCUCUUCAAUCGCAUCCGCUCUCAGACCGUUUCUACCAAAUAUCUUGGAGUUUCUAUGCAAAAUGCGAAUCAAACUUUUGGCCCUUGGAAUUAUGGUAAUGGUCAGAUGGCGUCGAACCCGACCGAGCAACCUCAUCCGUGUUUUGUCGCUCGAACCGGUAGUUGGGAUCCGUUUAUAAUUUGGAUUGUGGAUCCACAUUACGUCAAGGGUAAGGAGGAUCAUUCGUCUCAACCUACCAAUCCAACUUUCCCUCGUCCGCCGCCUUCCGCCAUCAAAUCAACCAGCGGCAACCCGAUUCCAAUUCACUAUAAUCAGCAAAUUGUUUUACAAUGUCUGACAACCGGAAUGACUAGCCCAACCAUGGUCAUUCGCAAAGUUGAUAAAGGUAGCAUGGUAAUUGGAGGAGGUAUUGUGGAAGAAUUAAGUGGAUUCGGUGAAGCCGAAGAAGCCUUAGGUGAUCCCGUGUCACAACUUCACAAAGUGGCAUUCCAGAUCAAGGAAACCAACGUCACCUCCUCUCCAUCAACCUCGCCUACAUUCCAACCCGCAAAUCGUCAGCAUCCACCAGGUCCAGGAACUUACCUUGCUUGUCUCGGUGACAUCGUUGGGAUGCAACGGGCAAAUGAGGGUCGUAAAAUUAUAGCUCAACCUCCAUCGUUGUCGAUCAACACCAACUUUUUGGGUAUGAAGACUAAUCCAUCAUUAUCUGAAAUUCCGGCGGCGGUUGCCGCAGCUUGGGCAUCUGCCACCAUAGACUUUCCUGUUAACACUUCCUCAUUAUCAGAAUCUGCUGUAGUCUCCACGGAGGGUGGUAAAGUCAUUCGUAAACGACGCGUUUCCUCAUCAAUAGUGGUUAGACCCACGUCGCAGCUAUCAAAAACUGCGUUGGCAAAGAACAGGAGGAGGGUUAAUAGUCUGAGUGGUGUGGCAAGUGAGGUUGACCUCGCAAAGUUCGCUGCGAAUGCCAGGAAUUCGGUCGGACACAGAAGUCAUGAUAAUGCCGGUGCCUUGUGGACAGAAGAUGUUACGGACGCCGCUGUUUGGACAAUUGUUGGAACCGAUUGCGCAUCUAUCUCGAGCAUUCAACCAUCGACAUCUGGAUCGAGUUCGGCGACACCAAAUACCAUCACAAUAAGUGGCGAAAACUUCACGCGAGAUCUGAUAGUGUGGUUCGGAGAUAUUCAAAGUCCAAAGACCGAGUUUAGAUCCAAGGAAUGCAUGGUGUGCUUAUUGCCCGAAGAGUUGAUGUAUGAAAUGGAACAUCAAAAUAAUAUCAAGCGAGACAUCAACCUUCAGUCUCAACAUCUUCAACUCCUCUCCAACGGAAGGGUCGGUGUAGCCGGAAGACCUAUUUUGUUAAGUCGUAGUGAUGGA